CCUUCCAUUAAAGGGGCGGCUUUUGUCAUUGGCUGGCUAACCUUACAAAUACAGAGGCUACCCUUUGUAUUCUGUCAGUUUUGAAUCAGAACGCAAACCACCUCGGAUUGUCCGGGCUGCCUUUUUAAAGAGGAGACUCAGUGAGGAGGAAGAGAAGAUUUUUUAAAUAUGUCUUCUGCUGACUUUGGGAUUCUGCUGCUGGCUUGUUUGUCCAUGUGUCGUGCACUACCCAUCCCCGCUCCCACAAUCUCAUCUGAGGAUGAAGAUCUGGCCAAGGAAUACAUCUCUAAGUACUACUCGACUGAUAGUGGGGCAAUGAGCCCCUCACUGCUGAAUAUCGAUGGGACUGCUACUUUCAUUGAAAAUAUCCGGGCCAUGCAAGCCUUCUUUGGUCUUGAGGUGACAGGCACUUUAAAUAGCAAAACCGUGGAAGUCAUGAAGGCUCCGAGAUGUGGCGUGCCAGAAGUUCAGCAAUUUCAACACUUCGCAUGGAAACCAAAAUGGGAAAAACAACUAAUUACAUACAGGAUCACUCAGUAUACUCCAGAUCUGACACGGUGGCAGGUGGAUGAAACCAUUGCUCAGGCCUUCAAACUUUACAGUGAUGUCAUCCCACUGGAUUUCAAGCAGGUCUACUGGGGUACUGCUGACAUCAUGAUCUUCUUCCAGAGUAGAGAACAUGGAGACUUCUCCCCUUUCGAUGGGCCUGGCCGCCAGCUGGCUCACGCUUACCCUCCGGGGCAAAAUGUAGGAGGGGACGCACACUUUGACGAGGAUGAAACCUGGAGUCUCACCCCCUAUAACGUUAACCUGUUGCUGGUGGCAGCCCAUGAGUUUGGCCAUUCCUUGGGCCUCCACCACUCAGAUGACAUCAAUGCACUGAUGUAUCCCACCUAUAAAUAUGUCAACACAAAUGGAUACAAGCUGCCAGAUGAUGACAGACGUGGGGUUCAAGCGCUAUACGGCAGUCGCACGUCAACUCCCACAGUACGACCGAGAUUUCAGUGGCCUUUUGUUCCAGAACCUCGACCCGAUCCAGUGGAUCCGACUCCCAUGCCCAGCCCGCGCGAUCAGCAAUGCAGUUUUGAUCUGGCAAUUGACGCUGCCGUCUCUAUCUGGGGAGACCUAUUUUUCUUCAAAAAUGGAUACUAUUGGUGGAAAAGUACUGGCUUUCCAGAGAUCAGAUUCUCUAAAGUCAGUACAAUGUGGCCCCCAAUCAACUACGUGGAUGCUGCCUGUGAAGUCCCUCACAAACAAUUGGUGUAUGUUUUUCAAGGCAAUCAGUACUGGGGCGUUCGAGCAGAACAAAAGUCGAUACUGCCCGGCUAUCCCCAGCCUAUCACCAACCUUGGCCUCCCUGCCUCAGUCAUGAAGGUGGAUGCCGCUGUUUAUCAUCAAACAUUAGGAAAAACUCUCAUUUUUGUCGACAAUCAAUUUUGGAGCUAUGACGAAACCUGGAAUGUAAUGGACUUUGGUUCCCCACAAUACAUCUCCGUGCAUUUUUCGGGCAUCGGCUCCAAAGUGGAUGCAGCUUUUGAGAAUCAUGGAUCCAUUUAUUUUGUCGAAGGCGCCAAACAGAGACAAUACCACCUUUCAUACAAAACAGUGACACAGGAGCUGUUGAACUACGAGUGGCUCAACUGUGCAUCUGCAGGAAACUACACCAUUUACUACAAAUUCUUCAUAUCUCUCUUAGAUCUCCUGACUGCUGGUGAGUGAAAAGCAGAAGUCUACAAACAGAUUACAACAGUGUACAAGUGGAGGCGUGUGUGGCUGAAGCACAUCUGCUCCGAAGAAAGGAUUGAAUGUGAGAAUAAAAGAUCUGAUGUCAAAUAUAAAAUGUUAUUGAUGAAAUACUUAUAGAUACACCCUCAUACUUUAGCCAUAUCUUCAAGAAAAGGUACGCAGCCACCAUUGUUCUGAAAAUGAACCUCUUUGCUGAUACCAAACUUCCAUUUCUUUUUCCUAAUGCUGCAGUGUAAGAACUAAAACCACAAAACUUCUUGACUACUUAGGAAUAGAAACACAGAUAAAUCAUAGAUUUUAUUAGAUUUGGGUUUCAUGUGUCCCUUAAUAUACUUAUUUGAACACACAGGACUUGAAUAGUUGGUUUUCCCUCAUUAUGAAAGCAGAUGUUUAAAAUCGUCUCUUCCAGAAACGCUGGUUCAAUAAGCCACAAAAUCUUCAGAACGCUGUCAGCAUUUCUUAUCAGCAGUGUAACCCCAACAGAAAACUCCCCGAACUGAGGUUUAUGAAUAACCCUGACUAGCACCACAAAUUAAACCUCAUUCAAAUUUUCAAAUUUAAGAAAGUCAGCAUAUGUUACAUAACUGUUUGCUCAAUUAGAAACCACAAUGCCUUUUUUUGUCAUUUGGGUGAGCCAAAACUACUUUUUUAUUUGUUAAGGAACUUUUGGUGGUUUUUAAAGAACACAGAUUAGACAUCCUCGAUUAUAUCAGAAUGACGGGACAGCUAGAAAU